UUAUUUUUUCUCAAUAACUCUUCUUCCAGAAUCGUCUCUCAAUCCCGUAGGUUGCUGAGUGCCGGAAAAUUUCGGAAUGGUGCCGAGCAAACACGGACGCGAUCAAGCUCUGGAUUUCCAGGGAUUUUUGAAUGACUUGCAGGACUGGGAACUUUCGAUGAAGGACAAAGACAAGAAAUUCAAACAACAAUCUGUUAAUACAUCGAAUUCGACAAGUAAAUCGAGUAGUUCAGGACAAUAUGACUUUAUGAAGAACUACGGGUUGUCAAGUGAUUUCAUGGAGGAAGAGCGUGCACCAGAUGCUAAUUCAGAGAAAGAACAAGGAAAUGAAUACUUCAAGCAGAAGAAGUUUAAUGAGGCGAUUGAUUGUUACUCCCGGAGCAUUGCUUUAUCACCAACGGCUGUGGCUUAUGCAAAUCGGGCAAUGGCCUACCUUAAAAUCAAAAGAUACCGGGAGGCCGAGGAAGAUUGCACGGAAGCUUUGGAUCUUGAUGAUCGGUACAUUAAGGCAUAUUCACGCCGGGCAACUGCAAGAAAAGAACUUGACAAACUUAAAGAAGCCAUGGACGAUGCUCAGUUUGCUUUAAGAUUGGAGCCUCAGAAUCAGGAACUUAAGAAGCAGUUUGCAGACAUCAAAUGUUUACUCGAGAAAGAGAUUCUUCAAAAGGCAACCGGAGCCAUGCAAAGCUCUGUACAAGAAAUGCUUAAAACUGCCAAUUUAGAGACGAAGAAGAACUCGGAGGCCAAAGCGAAUGGGGAUGUUGUUUCUCCUGUUUCAAGUGGUAAACAGACCGUUGGAAAGAGUAAGAGUGCCAUUGAAAAUGUGCAAUCUAAGGAGAAAGAUAAAGAAUUUCUCAAGAAGACACCGUGUAUCAUAGAAAAUAUAGAAUCCAAGAGUGUGACACAUAAAAGCCAAAACAAUGGAAACAAGGCUGAAGUUUCUGAAAGAGACAGUACUCAAACUUCUGGAUCGAGAAGCCAAAUCCCUAGAAAGAAGCAGCUGAAGGCAUCAGUGCAAGAGCUUGCUGCUCGGGCUGCCUCUCGAGCAAUGGCUGAAGUUUCUAAGAACAUCAAAGCCCCAAACUCCGCCUACGAAUUUGAAAACUCUUGGAGGGGUUUCUCCGGUGAUCGUGCACUGCAAGCCCAGCUCUUGAAGGUUACUCACCCGAGUUUGAUACCACAGAUUUUCAAGAACUUCUUGACUGCUCCAGUCCUGAUGGACAUCAUCAAAUGCGUGGCUUCAUUUUUCACUGAAGACAUGGAUUUGGCUGUGAAAUACUUGGAGAACCUAACAAAGGUUCCAAGAUUCGACUUGCUUCUCAUGUGUCUCACCUUAACCGAGAAAAAUGAGCUUCUGAAGAUAUGGGACGAAGUUUUCUGCAACGAAGCGACGCCAAUGGAGUAUGCAGAGGUUCUUGACAAACUGAAAUCGAGAUACCGCCUCAGACAGUAACAAUUUGGGCAUACACCAAUCAAAUUCUUCUGUGGAUUGAUUCGAAAAAACUCAUGGCAUGACUCUUCUGCGUUCAUGACAGAUUCAGCGAAGAAACCUUCUUCUGAUCAUCUCUGUUUAUACCGUGAAUUCAUGUUCUUCGUUGAUAUGGAAAAUUUUGAAAACCAGAGCCGGUUUAGUUCCUGAGAUUCUGGUUUUGUUCAUGUGUGAACUAGUAACCGAAAAGAUCAGACUGGAGUAUUGCCCUUUUCAGUUCAGCAGAAAACUGAACUAACAAGAUCCCGUAUGAAGUCAAUCUUGUAAGUUUUGUGUCGAUGAAACAGAGUUCUUGAUGUAUAUAUAUGCAAGUUGGAAACUUUA